CAACAAUAACAACAACCAGCAGCCCCCUAAUAAAGAGCAGAGAAAAAAAUGAGUUCAAGUUGUGAAAGAAUAGAAUGGGUGGAAAUCAUCGAGCCGCGCAGCAAGGACCACAUGUACGCCAAUCUCACCACGGGCGAAUGUGUUUGGGAUCCACCAGAAGAUGUGCCAAUUAAGCGGACCGACUCAUCGCAGUGGUGGGAACUGUUUGAUACGAAUACCCAGCGGUUCUACUACUACAAUGCGGCCACGCAGAAGACCGUGUGGCACCGGCCGAGCAAGUGCGACAUCAUUCCGCUGGCCAAGCUGCAGACGCUCAAGCAGAACACCGAUCCCAGCGAGCGUCGUGAGCAGACCACGCCCCAAAAGCAACAGCAGCAGCAGCAGGUGCAGAAUCCUCCCCAGCAGCCGCAGCAGCAUCAGCAGCAACAGGCGUCACCCAUGUCGGGGCCAAAUAAAAAGGGACGUGGCCAGCAGAGGAUCAGCGGCGGCAAUGGUGCGGUGGCCAGUUCCGAGGAGAAGCUAAGCAUCGGCGAUUUGGUCUCUAGUCCACGCGGCCGCCAAAGCUUUCGUGUUGGCACCGGUGACUCAUCCCGCUCGAUGGAAAUACAGCAGCAUCCGCAGGGCUAUGCCUCCAGGCGUUCGCAAGAUUCCUGCAAUCAGUACAAGGAAUCCGGCAAGUCCAGCGACUCUAGUCUGUCCAGUGCGCAUGGCUACAGGCGCAUCAAUGACGGCAGCGUUCCGGGAUCAGGACAUCCGGAUAACCUGCGUCUGGGCUCCCUGCAGAAGCAUCAGCGAGGCGGCGGCGGCAAGGAUAAUGGAGCCUUCGAGAUGCUGCAAGAGAGCACCAGUUCGCAUAACUUGCCGCAUGGCAGCACCUCCACAUCCUCAUCCUACGCCGGUGGCAGUGGCUAUGGGGACAAGUACUUCGAUCAUCAGCUGCUGCCCAACCACCUGCAGGGUUAUUCCUCCAAGUCGUCGGACAUCGCCUCGCCCACGCACUCCAUUCACACGCCGCAGUCGCAGAAGAAGAAGAUGUCGCCGGAUGCAGCGCCCGCUGCCCCGUACAACUACGCACAACAGCAGCAUCAGCAGAGAAACGCACAACGCAGUGGCGGAGGAGUUGGUGGUGGUGGUGGCGGUGGCGGAGCACCGGUGGGCAAGUCCUACGGAGGCGAUCGCGAGUACAAGGUGUCGCUGGCCCGCUCUGGCAGUUUCAUGUCCUCUUCCAUCAAUCCCGCCGCCGCCGGUCAUCACAGCAAAUCCUACCGCAAGAGCAGCGCGGAAGCGGCGAAUGGAGGAGCCGCCAGCGACGAUUCCAUGCACGAGAAGUACUUCAAGUCGGUGGAGAACACGCCACUCUCGCGUCGCCGCCACACCACCAAUGCCACGAAAAGCGGAGGAGGCCCAAGUGGCAGCAAUACGGCAACCAGCACGGCGGGCAGCGGCAGCAGCAGCCACAAGAAGCACUCGAGCGACUCCAGUCCGCAGAGUCCCAUCAGUCCGCAGACGAAGAGCUCGCGCCAGGCGAAGACGAGUGCCACCAGUGCUCUGCCCCAGCUGCAGCACUCGCCACGCCUGCAGGAGCCGAGCCAUAGCGUGGAUCUACUGAGUCUCGAGAGGAUUUCGCUGGGCAGAGCGGGGCCCAUUUCGCCGGGCGGUGGUACCGAGAACAUUGGCCUGCUGACGCACUCGUCGCGCGGAUCCAAUGACUCUGCCCGCCACCGCCAGAAGUCCAACAACUCGACGGCGAAUCGCUCGCAGACGCAUCAUCACGGCGGGCAGAGUUCUUUGCGGCACAGCGCCAGUUCCAGUCUGGAUAAAAGGGGCUACCAAGCGGGAGGAGGUAGUGGCGAAAAGCGACGCUCCAAGCAGCAUCCCUACCAUCAGCAGGCCGACAACAGCGACGUGGAGUACGACAAUGGGAACACCUCGCCGUUGUACACCAACUGGGAUAGGGACAUGCCGCACCUGCUGCCCCUCAAGCACUACAUCAUGGAGCAGGCCAAGCUGUCGGGUCGCUACGAGUACCGAGGUGGCGAUGGCGGCGACUCGGACUCCUACCACUCGGACAGCCAGUCGGAGCACUCGCUAUCGGGCCACGAGCCGGACAAUGAGGAUUCGGACGGGGGAUCGGACACGCAUGGCGGCUAUCUGGAGCACAACUACGGCAUGAUCGAUGAUUACGCCAAUAUGGGCGACAGUGUCUCCUACUACGCGUACAUGUUUCCACCGCACGAUCCUGCCGGAAGGGAGGAUAUCUCCGAAAACGUGGAGGCAGUGCUAGAGGGAAUCGGUGGCAAUGUGACUGAACCCUCGGCUGCUCCGACCGCCACCGUUCCCAAGCCAAAGCCGCGUUACCAGAUCUCAUACUACGACACCGUAUCGCACAGUCCUUCAGCCGGAAGCGGCUAUCACGGUCAGCAGCUUUACUCCAAUACGCCGCCCUAUUCGGGGGGACAUGGUCAUGGUCAUCACGUUCCACCGCCGUCGCUGCCUCCCCAGCAGCAGUUGCAUCUGGAACCGAGCGACGCCAAGCAAAAGCAGUCGCAAACCCUGCCAUCGCCCAAUCGGCAGAUUUCACGGCUAGCCGGCGCCGGAUCAAAUGCAUCAUCCAAAGAAGAGACCGGCCAUGGGCACAGUUUCGUUGCUGGUCAACAGCAGACUUCGGGGGGCAGCGUAACGCCAGCCAGUCUUUCGCGACCUGGUCACAAGAUGGCCCCGCCCUCCUUGAAGCCCACCAUCCAGCAGAUCUUUCCACCCAGCGAACGGGCUCCAGGAGUCGGUGGCCUGGGAUUGGGCGGCCCCACGUUAGCCUGCAUGAAAGAAUGUGAUAUCGAGAAGUUUGCAGCCGACAAUCUGAAUCUCCACUCGAAGGGCAUCUUCCGGAAGAAGGCAUCGGUGCGCGACAUGCUUAGUUGGACGGCGGAGGCGAUUAGUCGACCCAUGUUGGCUUUGUCCCGGGACAAGGCGGACAAGAAGACGGCCAUCGAGCUGUUCAAGCUGGUGCAGAUCUACAUGGCGGAUCGCAAGGCGCGCAUGGGAAUGACUUUAAAUUCGGUGGCCAUAGAAAUUAUCAGUGCAUCCUUACCACAGCAGCAACUAAGAGAUGAGUUGUAUGUCCAGUUGUGUCGCCAGACGACAGAGAAUCCCAAGCGAGACUCGCUCAUUCGGGGCUGGGAGCUGAUGGCCAUCUGUCUGUCCUACGUACCGCCCUCGCCCACGUUUCAACCCACUCUGCUGAACUAUGUCAAUCGUCACCGCGAUCCCUCAUUUGCCACGUGCUUCAUGGAGGUGAGCAAGUGGCCCAUCCAUGUGCAGAUAUCGCACUACGCCACAGUGUGCUGUCGUCGCUUGGAUCGCAUUGGUAGCUGUGGACGACGUCUGGCCAAAAAGCCCACUGUGGAUGAGGUGGAACAGGCGCGGCAACAAAUCCUGAGGAACAGCAUGUUCGGUAACACACUUUCCGAGGUAAUGGAGCUCCAAAAGGAUAAGUUUCCGUUCCGCAAGCUGCCCUGGAUACAGACUACACUUUCAGAGCAUGUGCUGCUGCUCAAUGGAAAGCAGACUGAAGGAAUCUUUCGCGUCUCCGCGGAUGUGGAUGAAGUCAAUUGCAUGAAGAAUCGCCUGGAUCGGUGGGAUGUUCCUGAUUAUAAAAACACAUUGGUGGAUGCACAUGCGCCAGCCAGUCUGCUUAAGCUGUGGUAUCGAGAACUGUACGAUCCGCUUAUACCGGAUGCCUACUACGAGGAUUGCGUGAACACAGAGGAUCCCGACAAAGCCAAAGAAAUAGUUAAUAAGUUGCCCGAAAUAAAUCAGCUGGUUCUAACGUAUCUAAUACAUUUCCUGCAACAAUUCUCCAUACCCGAGGUGGUGAGCUGCACCAAGAUGGACUCCUCGAAUCUGGCCAUGGUGUUUGCGCCCAACUGCCUGCGCUGCACAUCCGAGGAUCCCAAAGUGAUUUUGGAGAACGCGCGAAAAGAGAUGUCCUUUAUGCGCACUCUUAUAAUGCACAUGGACACGACGCAUGUGGCCAAUCUGGUCUAAUGGAUUGUUGGCCAGCCGCAAUUAGCAACUACCUACCUACCAACCUACCAAUAUGUAAACGUUAUUAAUCUAUCCUAACUUACUACCUACCAAAUCUAACUUAAACUCAAUUUGUAUUUAUACAAAGGACGGUGAUGAAGAGCGAUUAAUCUUAACUCCUACUUUAACUU